CGCAAAUCGAAGUCUUUCAGUGCCACAGCUGCUACCAUGUCUGCUUCGUCUUAUCAGGUCUAUGGUUCGAUAUUCGGCGAAGAGCCGGACUGUCACCCGAAAUACACCGGGUCGCCCAUGCUGUUGCUUCUUGCCGACCUAGGGCUCUUCUUCCGCAAUAUUCUUUACCUGCCGUGUAUAUUCCUGCCUCCCAUGCCAUGGCCCUCUGGGAGUCUGGACGAGCUAUCUCCCACUGCAGCCAAUGCAUUUGACAUUUGCCUCCAUUCCUUCCUAUUUGUCCUCCAGAUUGGCUUUUUAUUCUCCUUGCCGUUGCUAAUUUACCUUCCGUUUGGCUUGUAUGUUUUGUAUGUGGCAGGAGCGCUCGCUUUGAAUACCUUGAUCUGCAGAAUCCUGAAUCGCGGGAUUCCGCCCGACGGCCUCAAGUCAACAGAAGACAGCUUUUCCCGAGCAUGGGCUCGACAUGACGACGAGUAUUGGAUCUUCCUUAAUGGGAUUUGUGUGGGGAAGCACUGGCUCCAGAGUAAUAUCGAUCGCAUAUCGCGCACAUUUCACCGCCCAGUCGUCGGUGUGCACAACGAGACGUCCGGUGUCAUAUUCGACAUUAUUCAAUGCCUCAUCCAGCGUUCCAUGUUGUAUGCCACUGAUGAUAUCCGCCAAUGCUACGUCUUGAUCAAAAAGGCACUUUAUAAGCCCGAGGUCAAGAAGGUGGUCCUGAUCCUGCAUUCUCAGGGUGGAAUUGAGGGUGGUAUGAUCCUGGACUGGCUUCUCAACGAAGUGCCUCAGGAUCUCAUCCGGCAGUUGGAAGUCUACACCUUCGGGUGUCUCGCGAACCACUUCAACAAUCCCUAUCGCGACAUGGACUCAUGCAACACAGACAACCACUACUCCCAAACUGGCGCAGUCACAGGGCGAAUCCACAACCGCGUCAUCUUGAAUAUUGAGCAUUAUGCCAACAGUAGAGAUUUCGCAAGCAGGUUCGGGGUCCUGAACUUCGAGCACGAUAAGCCCAGAGAUCGUCGCGAGAACCGCUUCAUGGGCAAGGUGUUCGUGAAUCCCGCGUCUGGCCACCAGUUCAAUCAGCACUAUCUCGACACCAUGUUUCCACUGGACCCGACAAACCGAUUCACGCGAGACCCGGAAGAAAACGAUUUUAUGAACAUGGAUGUCGCAAUCAGUGGACGGGAGAGGCCUGGGGAACGGCCUGCUACGGUCUUUGAUGCUGCAGGGUUGUUGAAUGCCAUUUCUGGGGAGGUUGAUGGGAUCAGUCCGGCCUUGACUUUCACGAGUGCGGAUCGCGAUCCGAAGAAAGGAGCAGGCUUGAGGGUGAAGAUGCAGAAGAUGAGUCGCUUGUGGCUGUAUCGGAAUGGAGGGCGUCCAAUUGGAUAAGUUAUCUGAGGCCAAGGUGAUGAUGUUAGUUUGGCAUUGAUUGGGUCGAGGUAACUGGUGCUGUAGAUUGUAUCAGGAUAUGGAACAACACUAUGGUCUCUUCCGAUGUCUGGUCACCUGUUUAUUUGAGUGGUAUUGUUGGAAGUUAUGAGCCCGGUGCCUCUGAACCUGAGCGAGUGAAUACCCUGGAGCCCGAAGUGCCACGCGGUCGAAUCCCACGAAGAGCGAUUCAUAAGCAGGCGGGCAUAGUUAGGAUACAUGCUCUGGAAAAACCUGGACAAGUUGACCGGCCGCUAGGAUAAGGAAGUGCUGAUGAAAAGAAAAGCAUGCCGACGCAGCACCGAAUGGUAGACGUACCAUAUCAGAAAACGUGCCGACCUAGGGGGGUACUUCAGAUAGGACAUGCUACCACCAUGAUUCAACAUUCCAUCCUUUGAGGGUGU